AUUAAUCAAACAAAACUCUUUUUGAAUUUUGAAUUUCAUUGACCAAGAAAGCAAGAUGGCGACUUUCAUGUGGAAAUCCGUAUCGGCUUGCACAUGGACUCCAUCUUCUAUGUGUGUGCGGACGAUGAAAUCCAUCAACACCAGAAAGAAGAAACCCAUGCACAUCAUGCGUGCCAAGCUGAUGGCCGUGGCAGAACGCAAGGAGAGACCAGACCCGAGGUCUCUUGCUGAGCAGUGCAGCAUGAGGAAAAGUAUCAAGCAACCAGCAACAGAAAAGCCUCAUCUUGUUCGAGAAUACUAUGCUAGUCUGUGCCGCCAAGUGUUUUCUGCCAGUAAACUAAUUGCAGUCUAUCACACCGAGGGGUUGUCAGCAGCAGAACAGAAUGAUAUUAAACGCAGGUUGCGGAAGAACAACAUCUCUUUAAAGGUUUAUGGCAACAGUAUAGUACAAGAGGCCAUCACUGGCACUGAACUGGAGAGCUUGAGACCUCUGUUUGUAGGCUCGUGUAUCAUUGCCCUGAGCGAGGAACUAACUGUCAAAGAACUACUCAAAGCUACCAGAAGAAUACCAAAGAUCCAUCUUCUAGGUGGUAGAGUCGGGGACCAGCUGAUGUCGCCCAAAGGCAUGGACGAUUACUCCAAGUUACCCCCACUAGAGACCCUACAGGGUCAAUUCGCUGGUCUGCUCACCUCCUCCCUUAGUCGACCUUACUCCCUCCUCCAGGCCAAUCAACAGAGGCUGACCAUGAACCUUGAUCAGUUGGUGAAGCAGGGAGGGGACUCGGUAGAUGGCACUGCAGAGGAUAGAUGAUGAUGGAGUAUUAGGGCAUUAGUAGGUGCCAAUGAUAUUUAGAUUCAAAAUACUAUCUUAUCUGUUGGGAGAUAGAAGGGCAUGAACUUUGUUAAAUGAUAUGAUUUAAUGCCCUUGUAGCUGUCUGUCUGCAGAUGUUUUGUAUUUUGUACAGUGACUGAGAAUGUGCGUGGCUUGAUGUACUCCAAAUGAUCAUGAAGAUCAAUUGAGAAGCAGUAUCUUGGAAACACAACACUACAUUGUUGAGCCUCGAAAAAGUCUGCUUGCUAAAUCUCAUUGUUGAAAAUUGAGAGCACCACAGAACAAUGUAAAACUGAUUAGUGACACUGGGAUAGCAAAAGUAAGGAUAUUAGAGAAGGUACAUUUGCUAUACUGUAUAUCUAGUAUUUUGUUUUAAUUACAUGAAGUAGUUAUCAUGGAAUUUUGCCUGAAUCUGAUUAAGAUUUCAUUACAUAAGGCCAGUUUUGGUCUUAAAUUUGAAUAUUCCAUACAGCCAAUCACAAAACUUCACAGAGCCAUCACAGUAAGUUUGAAUUGCAUUUCUACAAGGAAAAUACAGGUUUCAUGUAUUUUUGUUGUUGUUAGCUUUCUCUUGUUUUUAUGUAUCUUCUGUACAAAUUAUGUGCUUAUGAAUAUUAAAAGAGAAAACAAAAUUUAGAUGAACGAAUGAAUGUGUUAUUUUACAUGUGAUGUACAGUGCCAAGAAAAAAAUACAGACAAAAUGAUAAAAUAGGCAAAAGAAACAAAUGAACAAAUUGUCACCUUAAUAUGUUUAUUUUGACCAGCAAAUAGAUUCAUAGUGUUAAAUUACAAGAUUUCAUGUAUAAAAUAUAAAAAUAUUAAAAAAACACACACUCUUA